AUUAAUUGUCGAUGUACUUUGCUGACAUUUCUAUUAUUUAUUUUCUUCUUUUCGUUCUGCUUUUUUUCUUGGGAAAAUUUCACUAAUAAUCAAUUUAAGAGCCAAAAUUACAUGGGAAUAGCCCAUAUUUUGUAUUACAAACCUGCGGCCCAACAAAUCAUGGCCCAGCUAUAAAAGAGGCUGAAUAUAUUCAAAUAACGGCUUAUUCUCUUGCAGCUCAAAAAGUAACUUCCUUCAAUUUCUCCUCCAAAUCCCUACGAAGAUUUUGUGGAAGAUUUUCCAUGAUUUUCUCCAAAACAAUUGUAUAUGGCAAUAAAAUCGUGAUUUUAGGUUCUUCGAUUUCUCCUUUCAAUUCUGCGAUUGAAUAUCUCCUUCAAAUCUGCAUGUAGAUUUUGCUUUACUUUUUCCUUGAUUAUUAGUAAUUUUCAAAGAUUCUUCGAUUAAAAGUAAGAGAAAACAUUGAUUUCGAUUCAAUUUUAUGCGAUGGAAGUUUAUCCUAUACACAUUCAGCAUAGUGGUGAAUGGAAUUUUGAAAAUAGAUUUGUCAAUUUCGUUGGGCAUUGUGUUGUUAUCGAAUCUAGUUUCAAUUUUGAGAACUUAGUAUUAGCAAUUUCAAAACAGAUCGAGGUUGAUUCUGAAUUGAAUAUCAUAGAGAUCAAGUUCAUUCCGAAUGAUGGUUUACCGCCUAUGCUAAUUCACAAUGACACUAGCGUACGUGCAUUUUUUGAAUUGAAGAAAAAAAAAUUCAGAAUUCGCUGCCUAUCCAUUGUGUAUAACAGUGAAGAAGGUGUCAAUUGGUGUUGGUUGUUUGGAUAGUAAUUUUGCUACUACAGAUUCAGUGGGCUUAGGUAGAGGUGGACUUAUACAAGAGAUUGAUGAUGCAUAUACAAUAAAUAUGAUUGAGUUUGAGAAUGAUGAAAUUGAUUCUGAGAAUGAUGAAGGAAUUAGUGAAAAUGAAAGCAAUGAUUGUGGUAUAAUAGAAAACGUUUUACAAAAAUAUGUUGCGGAGGAUCAAAUUUACAUAAACAAGGAGACACUUGCUAGUGUAAUGAAAAACUAUGCCCUGCACAAGAAGUUCCAGUUUAAGGUGAAGAGAUCAAGUGCAACAAGGUAUCACCUCUCUUGUGUGGAUGACAACUGUGAUUGGAGUUUCAAAUCUUCAGCUGUGCACAUGGGAAAAAUAUUCAAAGUGAGGCAUUUCAAUAAUGUUAAUACAUGUUCAUUUUCUGAAAGAUACUUAACGCAACGUCAAGCUACUUCGGUUGUAGUUGCUGGUUUUGUUGUGGAUAAACUUUCUGAUUCGAAAAGAAAUUACACUCCAAAAGAUAUAAUAAGUGACAUGCAAAGGGAGCACGGGGUUAAGUUGAACUAUAUGAAAGCGUGGAGAGCUAAAGAAAAGGCAAUGGAAAUAGUAAGAGGGAAACCUAGUGUAUCUUAUGGGGAGUUGCCGUCAUACCUGUAUAUGUUGGAGUACACAAAUCCAGGAAUGGUUACAAGGUUGCAUAAGUCGGAUGAGGGAUGCUUCCUUUACGCAUUUGUUUCCCUGUAUUCAUCUAUCAAGGGUUGGGAAUAUAGUAGGCCAGUAAUGGUGGUUGAUAGGAGCUUUCUUAAAGCAGCAUAUAGGGGGACUAUAUUGACUGCUUGUACACUGGACGCAGCUGGGAAUAUCCUUCCGCUAGCCUAUGCACUCGUCGACUCAGAAAAUGAUGCAUCUUGGGGAUGGUUCUUCAUGCAAUUGAAGAAUACUUUUGGGGUUCGGGAAGGAAUGUAUAUUGUUUCAGAUAGACAUGAUAGCAUCCAGAAUGCAACAUGUUGUUUACCCGAAGUGCCUCGUUGUUUCUGCAUCUACCAUUUGUGGAACAACGUCAAGGAUCUAUUCAGGAAAAAUAAGGAAAAAGCGAGACCGAUAUUUUUUGCUUUGGCUAAGGCUUACACCACUGAAAGGUGUGAACACUACAUGAACGAAUUGAAUAAAAUUGAUCGGCGAGUGCAACCUUAUUUGGUCAAUGUGGGUAUGAACGGUGGUCUAUAA